AUGGAGUCGAGCAGACUAGGACUGCUGCGGUCUCACUCCAAGGCCAGGUCUGGCAAGCUUGCCGGCUCCCAGAACAAGGCGGAUGUGCCUCCUGCUGCCGAACCCGAAGACGCAGCCAAGGAGGCAGCCAAGGAGGCAGCCAAGGAGGAAAAGCACGAAAAGUCACGAUCAUGGUUCUCUCCCCGAAGGAAAGAUUCUGUGGCUUCUACGAUUCUCCGAAGCAGCAAGAGCUUCCGCCGCCUAUCCGCAGUCUCAUCGGCGGCUUCAUCACAGGCCGCCAUCUCGACGCCCACUACCCCAUCCUUUUCGCGAGGAAGCUAUGAGAGCGAUGCGGCCUUCCACCACAGGAAACUCUCUCCUCUGGAAAACAGCGAGGCACUGAUAUCAGAACCUGCGCCGACAGAUCCUCCUUCGAUUCCCUAUCCCCCACACCGACCCGAGCGCCCUCAAGGAGACUUAUUCGAGGGAACACCUCUAGAGAAGGCAAAUCAGCUUGACACGGCAAAUCCCCUUGAAAAGGCGAACCAGCAAAGUCACCGCCCCAGCCGGAGCCGCAGCAUCCUGCGACCCUUCUCCCCUUUCCCUGGCCCGUCCAUUAGAGAUUUGCGACGCCUUAGCCAACACUCUGAACACAAACUGCAGGCAAACAAUGCCGCCGACGCCGAUACCACCACCAGCAAGGCCAGUCGGCUUUCCACAGAAACCGAACAGGUGCACGAGCCUGCAGAUGUAGCAAUGACUCCGGCUUCGCCAAAGCCAUCUACAUACUCAGUUCUGUCUGCACCAGCACCCAUUGUCCCCAACCGCCGCACCAGCCUUAGGCCUAGCAGCAAGGGAUCUGAAGCUGGCGUUACGCGCAAACCCUCCAUUGCCAGCUCAUUCCAUUUUUCCAUCCAUAGACGGCCCAGCCAUGUCACUGCUGAUAUAGAAUCGCGGAAACAUGUACGGUCCUCUAGGUGGACAUUGACAGAAAACAUGGCCGACAUGUUCAAAGGGCAGCACAUAAAGACGGACAAACAGACCAUGACUCCGGCCCAAAUCGAGGCCAUUUGGAAUGGCCAAGACAACGGUGGUGGUGCAGCAGCAGCGGCUAAACAAAAACAAAAGAAGGGCAAAGAAAGGAGGAUGAAGGCGGCGUCGGAUACUUCGGCAAGCAUAUCACGUUCAUUUGGAGGCCCGCUUACAGAACAACAAAACAGCCUGUUCAGCGACCCCUUCCAAAGAUCUGGUAAAAUGUCUUCACCUGUCCCCAUGAGCAGAGCCGAUAUAAAAAUGAGACAUCUCCCCUUCGAGAUCGCUGUCCCGCCGCCCCCCUCAGCAAUUCUGGGUUCCCCAGAAAUCUUUCACGGCGACGUUUCACCAAAAUCACCUACAAAGGUUGACAGAAGUCACAUGGGUGGGCGGCACUCAGUACCACGAUUGGUUUUGCCAGAUUCUGAAGAUGUCGCCAUUGAAGAUGACGACGACGCGGUGUCAGCUAGCUCGAUACCUAUUCCCCCUAAGAAUCCUGCCAGAUUUGUUGCGAGAGCGCCGACAAUGCCUCUUUUGCCUCCCAUUCUGGAAGGCUUCCGGUCUCCUUCGGGCAGCAACAGAAGCUCAAACAUCUCAUCCCAUCGCCGAAGCCGAAGCUGCAAUCAUGCCUCUGAAGUGAAAGAUGACAUGAUUACUUUCACCAGCACCCCUUAUACCAUGGCUAAUCCGUCUUUCCGGCACGGACCCAUUGUCCUAAGUGAUGCUAGCAGCCGUGACUCGGUGACGACAGCAGAGGCUGUAGAAGAGGAAGGGGAGGCCGUUGACUUGUCGACACUCUCAGGCGAGCCCGAAGAAAAACUGGGACAUGUGAUUCCAAAAGACAAGAUCUUACCAGACGAGGAGGAAGGCAAGAUGGCCGAUGACAUGGCUGACUGGUAUGACGGACUCAAUCUCGGGUCUCCUGGCGAGCUCAUCUCAGUCUCGGAAAAGUCGUCAGAGAAGCAGUCGGAUCGGUCAACACAGCGAGACUCGGCGGGCAGCAUGACCUCGGCCGCAUCAACGCCAUCGACGGUGCAAACGGAGGCUGAAGCAGAGCUGCAGACCCCCGUGGCCAUCUCGCAACACCCAAGUCUCUUUGACUCUAUUGUACAAUUUCGCAGCGGCUGUGAGAGCACUUACAGCGCCAGCGUAUACGAUGAGGACAGCGACGGCGAGAUGAGCCGCAACGAAAUUGACGAACUAGCACCAAGCUCCGUAGCCUCGAAGCAGGCUAUGGAACACGGAUAUGAAGCUUUCCUUGGGUUCAGUCUUGAUGAUUCUUAUUGA